AUGUGUCUCAAAGAUGAUGGUCUAAAUUCAUCUCACUAUGUCUCUGUACCUGGAAUGUUUAAUGAUCCUCUAUACAAAAGUAGCGGGGUAGAACUUAAGCUCAUGACAGAUAUGGAUGAGUAUCUGAUAGUUGAAAAUGGAAUCCGUGGAGGAAUGACAAUGGCAUGUCAUAGAUAUGCCAAAGCAAAUAAUCUGCAAUGUCCAAACUAUAAGUUUAGCAAGCCGAAGUCCUGGGUCUUAUAUGAAGAUAUGAACGCCUUAUAUUCAG